AGGCACCGCCCAUCACAACAACAGCUCGAGUUAAAGACAACAGCUCUGAAAAUGGCGCUGCGGUGUCGGCUCCAAAACCCUAAUGUCAACGAAGUGGUUCGUCUUAGUAUGGAGGGAAAAGCUUAUCGGGGUUCGCAUUGCUGUAAGUGUAAGAGGUGAGCUUGGAUUGUUCGAGUUCUAAAUACUACAAUUUUACUAUCAGAUGCCUAUGAUUUCUUCUUCAACACUCCCUUCACUAAAGAAUUGUUAGGAGUAGAGAUGAGACUAAUAAGAAUCUGCAAAAGCCUUGUCUCACUCUCUCUACAAAACCCUCUGCCGCAUCUCCACAAAACCCCAACUCUCUCCUGCUCAAUCUCUGUGUUAUAUUUCUCCUCCUCUAAACCCAAGAAAUCAACAUCCACUGUAACAGUACUGGACUACUUGAUCAAUCAGCACCAAUUCUCCCCUGAAGCUGCUCUGAAAGCUUCAUCAGCCUUUACUUACCUGAGAAAUCCAGAAAAGGCGGAUUCCGUUCUUUCGUUCUUCAAGGAGUGCGGUUUCUCCCAGACCCAUAUCGAGCAUGUGGUUAAGAGAAUACCCAAGGUUCUCUCUGCCAAACUUGCCGUUACCAUCAAACCCAAAAUCAAAAUUUUCCAGGAUUUGGGCUUUGCACCCGAUGACAUUGCCGAGAUUGUAUACGGUGACCCGUGGAUUCUCACUCGGAGUGCCGGUAAUCAGAUUGGACCCUCAAUUUUGGUGUUGAAGAGUAUUCUGGGUUCCAAUGAAGACAUCGUUAGGGUCUUAAAGUCUUCAGGGUGGUUUUUGAAGCAUGAUUUGGAUAAGACUAUGAUGCCCAAUAUUGAAUUUCUGAUGCAUUGCGAAAUUAGUUCUUCGCAGAUCGUAAAAUAUUUGUUUAAUUUCCCGAGGUUUUUUCUGCAUAAGCCGGAGAGCAUUCAGGCUUUCGUUAAAACGGUUGAUGGAAUGGGGUUUGAUAGAAAAUCUAAGAUGUUUCUUUCUGCCAUUCGGACAGUGAGUUCAAUGUCAGAAGAGAAUUGGGAGCUCAAGCUGGAACUUUUCCGAAGUUUGGGGUUUUCGGAAAAAGAUAUUCUUGAUGUGUUUAGGAGGGUGCCUCAGGUUUUUGCCAUAUCCGAGAGGAAAAUUAAGGAGGUAACUGGGCUCCUGUUUAGCGCCCGGAACGUAGAUAUCUCGUAUAUUGUUGACCAUCCAGAAUUGCUUAUUUGCAGCGUUGAGCGCAGGUUAAAACCCCGUCUACGAGUUUUGGAGAUUCUGGAAAAGAAAAAUGUGCUUAAAAGGAAACCUCGUUUAACUACAGUCUGCAAAAUCCCCGAGAAGAAUUUCUUAAACAAAUUUGUACUUCCUUAUUCAAAAGAACUUGCGGAGCUAAAUGAGGCUGGUGGGGGUUCAUACACAAUUGGAUGCCUACAGUGAUGAACAUCUUCAGGAGGGCGCUAUUCAAAUCAAUGAUUAUAGAGGAUUACAACGUGGCAAGUUGGCAACUAGGAGAACUGUCCUUGUACUGAAUGAGAUCUCCUCUAACUAGGGAUGAUUCUUUUGCUAAAUUGUUGUCGUUCUCUGUGAGCUUACUGUCUUGAUAUACUUCUAUGUUUCUGUUCAAAGGUGAUCCAUCUUCCGUACAAGUUGGAUUGUUCCUUCAUUUGCCCCUUUCCAUCAUUAUCUUACUACCUUAUCGAUAUCUCAAAUGACUUGUGUGCUAUUACCAUUACAGUUUACAACCUUGACUCUGCAUUCAAUCGGGACCAUAUGCACCAAAUUUUGGGAGUAAUAUCUACGCUGCUGGAGGGGAUAGGUAGAUGGUGUAUAAUGAAUCUAGAAAUAAAAUUCCUUGUAUAAAUCAAUUCUCAUUGGGAUGAACUCAGUUAAUUUUGGUAUCCAGUUCGAUAUCAGAACCAAUAUUUCCUCCUUAAGUAGCAACUAGAUUCGCUAUUUGUUUCCUGAUUCAACUCCAAAUGUUUGCAGCCUUCAUCUUAAUCUCUCCUGCUUGUCGUCCCAAGGCUUCACAGGUAGUGUAUGGAGUCCGAGAGCAUUAGUUGUAGUGUACUCCAUGUACUUUGGAGCUCAGCUCAUCCAUAUUGUUUCAUCUCAAUUAUUUACACAUCACUGCCUUCUCUAA